UCGGCAGUCGACGGCCAAUGGUCUGACUGGGGUGCGUGGCUACCGUGCUCCCAAACAUGUGCUGGGGGCAUACGGGGAAGAUUCCGUAAGUGCAACAACCCGCCCCCUUCGGGAGACGGAUUGAAUUGCACGGGGUACGCUUUCCAGCAAGGCGCCUGCAAUACGCAUGCUUGCCCAGUCGAUGGCGGCUGGACAGACUUCGGUAGCUGGGAGCCAUGCAGCGUGUCCUGUGGUGGCGGUAUCACCUACCGACGGAAAACCUGUACCGAUCCCGCCCCAGCACACGGCGGAGCGAACUGCACGGGCAUCGGUGUCGAAAACAGCACGUGCGGAAAUAUCACUUGCCCAAUUCACGGUGGCUGGGGAAGUUGGGGAGACUGGACACUCUGCAACACCGACUGCUACAAAUACCGUUACAGAACCUGCGACAAUCCCCCACCUGAACACGGUGGGGAUGACUGCCCAGGGGAAGGCAGGAAGACUGGAGCCUGCAGCCUCGUGGAUUGCCCAGUUGACGGCAAUUGGGGAGCAUGGACUGAGCAUUCCUGUGACAGUACAUGCCGCGGCCGUAAGACCAGACGAUGUGAUGACCCACCGCCGUUACGAGGUGGCAAACCUUGUGAAGGAAUCAGUGAUGAUUCCUACGGGCCGUGUAGAGGAUUUGACUGCGUCAGGAACGGUGAGUGGACGGAGUGGAGCCCGUGGAGUCCGUGUAGCCAGACCUGUGCCAGGGGAAACAUGACCCGUAGCAGGACAUGUACCAACCCAGCGCCUCGGAACGGCGGCAAGCCCUGCCCUACAGAGGAUGAUUCAGAACAGAUCACGAGCUGCUUCAAGCAAACAUGUCCAGUGCCUCUUGGCUACGUUCGGAAGGUGACCCGCCAGGGAAUGGACAUCAACUUCGGCCUGAUUCUAGGUGUGAUCUUCGGCUCCAUGGGUGGCUUCAUCCUGAUCCUACUCAUCGUCCUCGGAAUCCGCAAACACCAGCUGAUCAAGAAACGCAACAAGCUCAUAGAAGAAAGAGAGAAAUCAAAGUUGUACAAAGAAGCGGCAGACAUGAGCAUUAUACCGGAGGGCAAGAAGAGCGCGGAUGCUAAACUGCGUCGUCAACAGCUCAAGGCGAAGUUGAAGAAGAACGGUCGCUUUGGAGAGACAGUUCCGCUGCUGGAUUACGGGCUUGACACGGAGGAUCGUGCCUUCUCUUCGAUGUCUUCUCGCCCCGGUUCGGCUGUGUCUCGGCCCGGUUCGGCUGUCUCUCGCCCGGGUUCGGCGGUCUCCCGGCCUGGUUCGGCAGUUUCUCGCCCCGGUACAGCUACCUCGCGCCCCGGUACAGCUUCCUCGCGCCCCGGCAGCGCGAGGCGCCGAGCCUCCACUCCGUCCCGGCCCGGGACCGCAUCAUCUAAACCCCCACACACCGAGUCCAAUCGUAGAAGCAGCGACACGGCCGUGCCUCGUACACCAGACAUCGCUGUCUCAAUAUCAGAGACCGGCGUAGUGACCAACCAGUUACCGACAACAGCCGGGAAAGACGCUGCGUCUGCGAAGCUCAAGCCGGCCGAGCCAACACAGCCAGCCACGACACAACGUGUCUCAAUGCUUCGUACUCCAAGGCCUGAGAGUACGCGUCCGGAUACGUCAUUGAGAGUUGAUACACCAAUGAUGAUGGCUGGUUUGAAACAGCUUGACGCUCAGCUACAAGAGAUGGCUGGCUGUCAAGUGGAGCACAGUAAAGCGGCAGGUGCUGACGGAGGCUUCGGUGGUAUCGGUCAGCUCAUGGGAGAUGCUGGCGGUGCAGUCGCGGCUGGAAACACCGAAGCCGCCCUGGCAGCUCUGGCACGUGAAGCCCUGGUAACUCAACACAACACAGGUAAAUCGUCAGGAGGAGGUCUGGCAAAUCUGGACCAAGCCAUGCAAGGGAAGAAGCCAACCAACCAGCCUCCGACUACCGUGGCCGCAGCAGGUGCCAAAUCCUUGAACGAAGCCAUGACGGGUACUAAAGGCGCCCGGGUCAAGCAGUUUGCGCAACCACAGGCCGCUGCUGGGGGUAUGACAAUGACACAAGCCACAGCCGGUAAAGGAGCUCAGCAACCUCCAACCAAGCCGCAGAGAGGCCCAGCAGCAGGUGUGACGGUCCAGCAAGCAAUGUCUGGUAAAACUGGGGCCCAGGGUGGGCACGCCCAGCAGGUCUCGCCCCGGGGUGGGGUGACUAUGGAGCAGGCGCUGACUGGCGGGAAGGCAGCGGGCAACUCACCAAGAGGAGCUAGCGGAAUCACGGUGGAACAAGCCAUGGCGGGCAAGCAAGGGGCACAACCGCCGACGGGGGCGAAACCCAAAUCUCCUCGCGGAGCGAUCACCAUGGAACAAGCGACGGCUGGGAAGGGACCCCAAGCGGCUGGAGGAGGAGGAGGCUACAAGACACUAGAGCAGGCUGCAUCAGGAAAAGGCAAAGGCGCUACUGCCCCAAGAUCACAGAACAAGCCUGCUCUCCAACGGGAGAAAUCUGAAGUCGACGAGAUCAACGAGAAUUUCUGGGAGGUUCCCAAAGAGAGCAUCCAGCUGGUGUCUACCGUUGCCAUGGGAACCUAUGGGCCUGUCUGGCGGGGCAAGGCCUGGGACAUCCACGGACGGGACGGAAUGACGCUGGUAACCAUCAAGGAACUCAAACAGCCUGUUAGCGGCGUGGUUAAGGCGGCCUUUAUGAAAGAGUUAGAGGUGAUGAAGUCACUUCAGAAGCACCCGUACGUAGUCAACCUACUGGGCUGCUGCACCUUCUAUGAUCCAGUUACCAUGGUUUUUGAGUACGCCCCACACGGCUCUCUGCUGGAUCACCUGAGGAAGAACCGCCCACAUUCACCAGGAGGGAAAACGCCCUCAUCGGGGGAAAUUGUAACAUUUGCCAUGCAGGUUGCUAAGGGAAUGGCUUACUUGAGUCGACAGAAGGUUGUUCAUGGUGAUCUGACGACCAGGAACAUUCUUCUAGGUCAGAGAAUGGUGUGCAAGGUGUCCAACGCUACACGAGUCCGCAAUGUCGUGGAGAAUGUCGCCGAGGGCCGGCUAGGUAUUCGAUGGAUGAGCCCCGAGUCUAUCUGCGCCAGCGUGUACACGACAAUGAGCGAUAUCUGGUCAUUUGGUGUCCUGACCUGGGAGAUUGUUACCUACGGCUCCACUCCAUAUCCCGGCAUGUCAGCUCGCGAAGUUAGCAACAGGUUGAAAGUCGGCCAUCGUAUGGAAAGACCAGCUCAUUGUUCCCUGGAACUAUACUCUGUGAUGCAAGCAUGCUGGGACGACAACCCCAAGAAGCGACCCUCAUUCAGGACUCUUAGCCUCGAUUUGGAGAAACUACUGGCCAAUGGCAAGACGGAUCAUAUUGAUGCUUCGAAGUACGACAAGACCAAGUACAAGGAUCUGGAUGACCUACGACCUCAUACACCGGGAACUGUGAAAUAAAAGGAAUGAGAAAAUCCUUCCUCAUAACUAUUGUAAUUUGAUGUAGAUAAAAUGGCUAUACUUUAGGUUUAGAUUAAUUUGAUGAUGAAAACAAUAGUUUAGCAGUUUGGCCGAACGAAGCUUCGUGAUAUCACUUGAACAAAGCAUGCUACGACUAGAGUUUCAUAAAUGAAAAACAAACAAUUUACUUAUUGUACUUCAAAAGUUUUAUACAUUUUAACAAUUUGAAAAUAUAAAAUUGUGUGGGCUUUUGUACAAUUAUUUUAGGAGCUAAUUUAAUGGGUAUGGCUAAGAAAGAAGUUACCCAAAUAUUUGUUUUUGAUGUGACAAAUGUCAUGCAAUUGUUGUCUCGACAUGCACAAAUUAAGAAAGUAUUUAGUUUUUACAUUAUUGAUUGUGUGCAAAAUUGAGUGAAUAUAUAUAAUUUCGUUUGCAAAUUAUCGUAUUGUGACAUGGUCUUUUUAAAAAGGCAGCAAUCGUGUUUUUCUAAGGCAUUCCGUUUGUUAUUAUACCGCUGUAAUGCGUUCAUAGGCGAGAAUUGUGCGUGAUACAUUUUAACCUGUACCUACCAGAAUCACUGCGAAAUCACAUGAAAGUCUCUCAAAUAAGGGAAAUCGGCAUUUUAGGCAAAUGCAGCCAAUAAACAAAUUAUUUGUAGUUAUUAGAAUAUUGUGAAACUACGUUCAUCUCGGCAAUGCAGGCUUAAAAAGGGAAACACAAUAUUUGUACCAAACUGUGAUGGAUGAUCUUGUUCUUUAAAAUUCACAUCUGUUUGAUUACAAGAGAAAAAAACGUGUUCAUUAUUAUAUAUAUAUACAUCGAGAGUAUAUCCAGAAAUAAAUCCACUACACAUCUUA